AUGGUCCCCGAAUACAGCUACCCGUCCUCCGAAGCCUUCCAGCCAAAGCUGCGCAUGAAGGCCGCAAACGGCCACGGCCUCGCCCCCGUGCCGCUCACCGACUUUGGCAUCCCAUCUGUCACCUCCCGCCAGCGCCCGCGUGCAUUGGCAUUGGACUUUGACACCGUCGAAGGCGUCGCCGACAAGAGCCACAAGCCCCCGCCAAAGACGGACCGUGUUUUUGGCUUGCAGGAGGCACCGACUUAUUAUCCGAGUCCGGAGGAGUUCAAGGACCCGUUCGCCUAUAUCAAAAGCAUAUCUGAAGAAGCUCGCCAGUAUGGCAUUGUCAAAAUCGUGCCCCCGGACUCUUGGAACCCGCCGUUCUCUUUGGACACUGAGAAAUUCUGGUUCAAGACCCGUCGCCAGGAGCUCAACUCCAUGGAAGGUGGCACGAGAGCCAAUCUCAACUUCCUCGACCAGCUCCACAAGUUCCACAAGCAGCGGGGCAUAACACUAACCAAACUUCCCAGCGUCGAUCGCCGUCCGCUCGACCUCUACCAUCUGAAAAAGUCAGUCGACAUGCGAGGCGGCUUUGUCGUUGUCUGUAAAAAGAAGCAGUGGGCCGAAAUCGGUCGCGAGCUCGGCUACAGUGGGAAAAUCAUGACGUCGCUCUCGUCUUCUUUGAAGACUGCUUAUCAGAAAUACGUAUACCCCUACGAGCUCUAUCUCAAAUCGGCGAAACCACUAGUCCAGCAGCAGAAAGAAGAAGAAUUCGGCGGCCCAAUCACUCCAUCCAAGCGCCAGCGCACCGUCUCCGGAACGUCGAUCGGCGAUACGCCGUCGCUUUCCCCGCCCGGCACUCCGACUGAUGCGAGAUCCAGCGCGAUGAAGAACGGGGACCGCACUUCUUUGUCGGUCGAGAGUAUGCUCGAUAUGAAGACCGAGUCCGAAUAUUCGGCUUCGGGCUCCUCAUACUCUCAAGCACCGGAUGGCGAGCUUGGUGAACACGGGCGCCACUCAAAGAGGAUAAAGAGAGAAACCCCUCAGGACGAGCAAAGCGCUACAGUGGUAGGAUCGAAUAUGAUUAUGCACCGCAAAACGGGAGUAGUCAAGCGUCUUCACGAUCUUGCAAGCAGUCGCAAGCCCGGCGAGAACUGUGAAGUGUGUGGCCGCGGAGAUGACGCUGCGACGAUGCUCCUCUGCGACGGAUGCGACAACGGCUAUCACAUGGCCUGCCUCAAGCCUGCGCUGAAGGCACUUCCUGACUAUGACUGGUACUGCGACAAGUGUCUUGUCGGAACCGGCGAGUUUGGGUUCGAGGAAGGGCAAGUCUACAACCUCCGGCAGUUCCAGGAAAAGGCAAAGAAUUUCCUCGACCAUUACCUCUCCACGCGCAUGCCGCUCAACGGCAAAAGCAAACGGGCAACGCGCGUGACUGAAGAUGAGAUCGAGGCUGAGUUUUGGCGACUGGUCGAAAGUCUUGAUGAAACUGUCGAGGUCGAGUAUGGCGCUGACAUUCACUCGACCAUCCAUGGCUCCGGGUUUCCGACCAUCGAGCGCGACCCUCUGGACCCGUACUCCACCGAUCCCUGGAAUCUGAAUCUGCUUCCCCUGCACGAGAAGUCUCUGUUUCGUCAUAUCAAGACUGAUAUUUCCGGAAUGACCGUGCCCUGGCUCUACGUCGGAAUGGUCUUCUCCACAUUUUGCUGGCACAGCGAAGACCACAACACGUACUCUGCAAACUACCAGCAUUUCGGCGCGACCAAGACCUGGUACGGAAUCCCAGGAGACGACGCCGAUAAAUUCGAGGACGCGAUGCGGAAAGCUGUUCCGGAGCUGUUUGAGCAGCAGCCUGAUCUUUUGUUCCAGCUCGUGACGAUGUUGAGUCCAAAACGAUUAACCGAGGAAGGCGUCAGGUGCUAUAGCAUCGACCAGCGGCCGGGCGAGUUUGUGAUUACCUUCCCGCAGGCAUAUCAUUCUGGAUUUAAUCAUGGCUUCAACUUCAACGAAGCUGUGAAUUUCGCUCCGGCGGAUUGGGAGCCCUACGGCAAACUUGGCGUCGAGAUCUACCAAGACUAUCGGAAGCUCCCCGUCUUUUCUCACGAAGAGUUACUCCUGACCGCAGCCGAGAGAGAUCACUCGAUCGACACGGCAACAUGGCUGGGACCCGCGCUUACAUCGAUCAAGGAUCAGGAGCUCAAUAUGCGGAGGCACGUGCAGAUGAUCAUUCCCACAAUCAAGGUAGCCAAAAGCCCGUUUAAGGAAAACGACGAAGUGCAAUGUGCCUACUGCAACGCCUUUUGCUAUCUGUCGCAGAUCGGAUGCGGAUGUACCUCGAGUGUCGUGUGCCUGAACCACUACGACGAGCUUUGUGACUGCAAGCGCUCGUCUCGCGUGUUGUACAUCAACAUGCCGGAGGAGACUCUCGAGAAGAUUGUCUCGAAGGUAAACGAGCGCGCAGCACUGCCUCAGCAGUGGGUCGAAAAGUACAACAAGCUAUUCAGCGGUGGCGAGGAGAACAAGCCGUCUGCUAAAUCCCUGCGAUCUCUCUUGGUAGAGUCGGAGAAGAUCAACUACCAUAUCCCCGAGACAGAUCAGCUUCGCAAGAUAGUCGAGCAGGCUAACGAGUGGGUCGAAGAAGCGCAGAGUAUCCUAGCUCGCAAGGUUGGCUACCGACGCAAGAUCGAGCGCACGGGAUCGUCCUCCCGCCGGGGAAGUGUGAAAUCCGGAGCGUCAUCUGCUGCGGGCGAAGAAACCGAGCGCGAGGUACUUCACAAGCCAGAGUACAUCGACUCCCUUCUCCAACGGAUCGAGAGCAUGCCAUUCACAUCUGCCGAGAUCGACCUGCUUUACGAGCGCAAGUCUCAGAUCGAGGAAUUUGUCGAACACGCGCGCGAAACGCUGGCCAACGAGACAAACGACGCAGACGUCUACGUCGCGCUCAUCGAGACGGGCUAUGGCCUCAACGUUGAGCUCGAGGAGGUCAAGGCGUUGGAAGUACGGCUGGCUAGGCUUCAAUGGCACGAGCGGGCUUCUGAUGCAGGCAAGACUUAUAUUUACCUGCCGGACGUGAAGAAUAUCCUGGCGGAAGCCGACAGACUCGAGAUCUCGCAGGACAGAGAUGAGCUGUACUCUAAACUGACAAAAGCCUCGACUGCGGGAGAUAAAUGGGAAGCGGAAGUGAACUCGCAGAUGAGGUCCGGCAAGCCGGACUAUGAUCUGCUUGACUCGAUGUACGACGAGGCGUCGGUGACUCCGGUAUACAAGGAGACGUACGACAGACUUGGAAAGUUCCUCAUCAAGCACAAGGAGAUCGAGGACGCUUUCGUUGAAUUCGUCGAGGGCUGUAGGUCGGCUGAAUUCUCCGCGCGACCGACAUACAAAGACGCCCGGAAGAUUAGCGAAUACCUACAAGACCCCGCGAGCGAGAACCCCAACAGCGCCGAGAUCCGCAGAUACAUGCAGCACGUCGAGAACUGGCUCAGCCAAGGACAAGCACUGUUUUUCACGGCAGGGACCAGCGGUAACAGUACGCUGACGUCGCAUUUGGAAACUGCGGCGAAGCGAACGAAGAACGCUUUGUCGGCGCUGGAUAAGCCUCACACGCAGCAGCCUACUGCCGAGGGCGAGAAGAGGUCUUCGAAAGAGCUAUUUUGCAUCUGUCGACAGCCAGAGUCGGGACUCAUGAUUGAGUGCGAAAACUGUCAUGAAUGGUACCAUAACCGAUGCUUGAAAAUUCCGAGAGGAUCUUUGAAAGACAAAGAGCACUACUACUGUCUCCUGUGCGAUUCUCGACAGGUAAUCAACCGUGACUACCUGCGACCUACACUCGAGGCUCUCGAAGACUGGUUGAAAAGCGCGAGUGCUUUGGGAUUCAUCCCAGAAGAAUUCGCGCACGUGAAGACCCUCGUCGAGGAAGCUCAGCGGUUCCGAGCUACGCUGAGUCCGAUGAUCAGACCUGGGCAUGCUUACCAGGCGGCGGAUAUCCCGAUCUUGCGCUUCUAUCUGAGGAAGUUGGAAGGUAGCGAUGUCUAUCUUGCGGAGGAAACGCAGUUCUUACAGCGAAUCCUUAACGAACUUGCCUCUGCCGCUGCCGCUGUCGAUUCUCGAGCGGGUACUGGUGAGCUAACAUCGACGGCUUUGGACAUGCCGACUAAGUCCCAGCAAUACGUGACCUACAACGAGUACCCUCCCGUCUACCAAAGCCAACCGGCCGAGCCUGGUUCCGGCGCAGGCACCAUGGGAGAUACUCGACGGAUGGUGGUAGUCGACCAAGUUCCCCGUCCGUCUUCGCUUCCAGUGAAUCAAAUCCCCCAUCAAAUGCAGCAGCAACAGCAGCAGCAGUCUGCCCAGUCGGUGCAGUUACCCCCUCUCUCCUCUCUCCUCUCAGGCGCACCACCCCCACCGCCCCCACCGCCGUCUCUUACUCCCCCGUCAAUGACCAGCUCCGUCGAGCCACGGUUGCAGAUCAAUCUUCCUCCUCCGAGUCAUUUCGGAGUUCACAAGGCUCCUAGUCAAUUAGGUUAA